AUGCCUGUACCAAAGUUAGCCAAAUCCAAAAAGCAUGUAACAACCGCUAAGGAAAUCAAGGAGGAGCAAGUCGAUUCCUUAGUGCAAGAGCUGCUGGGCGGCAACAAAAAACUAACCAAGGCACAACAACACAAAAAACGUGAGUUGGAAGCUUAUUUGGUGCAGAAGCUGCAGCAAUACGAUGAGGAGGACGAAGAUACAGAAAGCACUGAAUCAUCAGGCACUGAAGAUUCUGAAUCUGAUAGCGAAAGCAGUUGCGAUUGCGGGGACUGCUCUGGAUCUGACAGUGAGAAUGAUAGCGCAACAGAUAGUUCGGACGAGUCGGAAUCAGACAGCGACAGCGACACGGACUCUGACUCGGACUCUGAAUCUGGUAGUUCUGAUGAUGAUACAGGAUCCAGCAGUGAUGAUAGUUGCAGCGAUUCGGAUAGCGAGUGUAAUUGUAGCAAGCGCUCCGAUCAGUUCACUGAUGAAUAUACAAUAAAUAGUUAUAGUGAUGAAUCUGAUUAUUCUUAA